GCAGAAUCCACUCCUUCCUUCUCUUCACCAUCGCCAGAAGCUCUCCCCUGAGGAUCUCCCCAGGGUGAGUCAGGAUGUGCACUCCACUGCUGGUGACACUGGUGACACUGGUGAUGGUGCCUGCAGGGGUCUUUCCCUAUGGCUUCCACAACUGCAUCCAGGCACCAUGGGACCCUGGGCUGUUCCGCUGCAUCCAGCGCUUCCUGAGCACUGUGGGGGCUGCAGUGGACGACCUUCCCUCCACUGCUACAUCCCUCAACCUCUCUGUCAACAUCUUGCGCCAGGUGCCCCCCAGUGCCUUUGCCCACCUGCCGCGGCUCUGCAUCCUUGAUCUGACCCACAACCAGCUGGAACUCCUGGCCCCAGGGGCUUUCUCGGGGCUGUCAGCACUGGCUCACCUAAACCUGGCCCACAACAACAUCUCAGUGCUGGCCACAGGUGUGUUUACCGGGCUGGGCAACCUGAGCACACUGCGGCUGGACCACAAUCCGCUACAGAAGGUGGCCCCCAGGGCUUUCCAGGCUCUGGCUGCACUCAGCACACUCUGGCUGCGGGGUGGCCGGCUCAGUGCACUGGAGACUGUGGCCAUGGCUGUGGGGAAUCUGACACACCUAGACCUGCUCGACCUGUGUGGCAACAUGCUGUCCACACUGGGCCCGGGGCUGCCGCCCACACUGAGGGUCCUGUACCUCUGCAACAACUCCCUGGGAGCUCUUUCAGGGGCCACCUCUGCGGUGAUACCCCCAGGGCUGCGUGUGCUCGACCUGUCCUACAACAACAUCUCAGACCCUGCACUGCUCUCUCACCUGUGCCUGAACAACCUGACACACCUGCACCUGGCUGGGAACCCGCUGGACGUAGUACAGCUGCUGCGCGUGGCUGGAAUCUCCCCGCGUCAGGUGGACGUGUCAGGGCUACAGGUGAACACAAGCGGCCUGGAAUACCUGUGCAAGCAGCUGAGAGGACAGAGGCUGCAGAGGCUGCAGCUGCAGCACAUGAACCUUACAUCAAUGCCCAAAAGGGCUCUGGCCGAGUGUCCGGUGCUGGGUGCCCUGGAUGUGUCUGGCAACCGGCUGCGGCAUUUGGGCUGCAUAGGGCAGCUGCUGAACCCGAAGCAGCAUGCAGCACUGCGUGAGCUGGUGGCUGAGCACAACUUGCUGCAGCGACUGCCAUCGUGCAAAGGGACCCCAGUUCUGAAGCAGCUGCACAAUGUGUCCCUGCGCUUCAACCGCAUCUUAGUGGCCGGUGCGGGUGCUUUUGACAAUGCACCAGCACUGCGGCAGCUGCGGCUGGAUGUGAACGGGCUGGCACGGCUGCACCGCGCAGCGCUGCGUGGACUCCGCAACCUGAGGCACCUGCGCCUUGACAACAACCUGCUCACUGACCUCCUGCCCGGCUCCUUUGCUGACCUGCACCAGUUGGAAGACCUCAACCUGCGCAACAACCGUGUGGCCGUGCUCUUCCCUGGCGCCUUCAAGGGGCUUGACCGCCUGCAGACCCUUGACCUGGGCGGGAACAACUUGCGGCACUUGGCAGCCAAGGCAUUUCAGGGCCUCCCGCGGCUUUGCCGGCUUUACCUGGACCGCAACCGGCUGCUGGAGGUGAGGGUGGCCGCAUUCCAGCCGGUGCAGGUGACACUGGGCGUGCUGGACCUGCGUGCCAAUGGGCUGCGCUACCUGAGCCGACACCUGCGGCAGCUGCCACCUUUCCGCUACCUACAUAACCUCUAUGACCUGAAGCUGCAGGCACAGCAGCCAUAUGGGAUGCGUGUGGUCCCACAACGCUUCUUCCAGGGCCUCAGUGCCUUGCGCUCACUGUACCUGUCACAGAACUCGCUCUCGGCCAUCCCUGCUGAUGCCUUCGAUGACCUGGCACAGCUGCAGUACCUGACACUGGCUGACAGCAGUGGCGGGAUGGGCCACCUGCCUGCCGGCAUCUUCAAGAACCUGAGCCAACUGCGCAGCCUGAACCUGGAGAGCGCAGGACUGCGCAGCCUUGGCCCUGAGGUCUUCGGAAAUCUGACACAACUGAAGGAGCUGCGCCUGGCCAAGAACGGGCUGCGUACAUUGGAUGUGACUCUGGCCACCCGCCUCCCCGCCCUGCGCUAUCUGGACCUGCGCAAGUGCCCACUGAGUUGCAGCUGUGCCAAUGCCUGGCUGCCUGCCUGGCUGGCACGUGGGCCUGUGCAGGUAGUCUAUCUGUAUAACUACACGUGUGGUGAGGUGGGUGGGGCCUCCGCAUACCUGCACUGCUUUGACACGUGUGUGUGCUACCUGGACAUGGGGCGGUACCUGUUUGCAGGGACAGCACCGGCUGUGCUGCUGCUGCUGGUGCUGCCGCUGCUGCACCACCGUGGGUACUGGCGGUUGCGCUACCAGCUGUUCCUGCUGCGUGCCUGGGCACGUGGGCACUGGCGGCGGGAGCAGCGGCGCUACACCUAUGACACCUUCGUGUCCUACAACUCUGGGGAUGAGCGGUGGGUGCUGGAGGAGUUGGUGCCUGAGCUGGAGCGCGGAGCCCUGCGGCUCUGCCUGCACCACCGUGACUUUCGCCCUGGCCGCGCCAUAGUGGACAACAUCGUGGACGCUGUGUACAACAGCCGGCACACGGUGUGUGUGGUGAGCCGUGGGUACCUGCGCAGCGAGUGGUGCUCGCUGGAGAUCCAGAUGGCCAGCUAUCGCCUCUUCGACGAGCUGCGCGAUGUCCUUGUCCUCAUCUUCCUUGAGGACAUCCCCGAGGCCGAGCUCUCGGCCUUCCAUCGCAUGCGACGUGUGCUGCUGCGGCGCACACACCUGCGCUGGCCCUCUGAGCCCCCUGCACAGCCCCUCUUCUGGGCAAAGCUCAGGUGUGCCCUGAGUGGGGGGGAAGAGGAGGAGGAGAGGGAGAGGGGGGGCAGGGAGGAAAGCCCUGGCACAUCUGGGACCCCCGGGGAAGUUCUCCCUCAGGAAAGAAACGUUCUGCCCCAGAAUCACUGCUUUUUAUCUGGGGAAGGUGUCCUGUGGAGUGGGGCUGAUGGCAGCAAGGAGGAAGAGGAGAAUGAGGAGAGGAAGAUGGAGGACAGGGAGGGAGGCUGCCCUGACAGAACUGGGACCGCUGUGGAGGUCUCCCCUCAGAAAAGCAGUUUUCUGCCCCAGAAUCACCGGCUUUUCUCUUGGGAAUAUGUUCUGCACAGUGGGGAUGAAGGUAACAAGAAGGAGGAGGAGGAAGAGGAGGAGGAGGCAGGGGAGGAGGAGAAAGGUUGCUGGGAGAGAGAGAAGCUACUCUAG